AUGGCGUUGUUCCUGAGACAGAAAGCUGCGAUGCUGCAGAUCUCCCUCCUGGCUUUUGUCGGUAAGCUCUCACUCCACAGCCGGCUGCUGCCAGGCUCAUGUAACUUUGAGUCCAACACCUGCGGAUAUGCGUCAGACUCAGACUUCACCAGCUGGACGCUGCACGGAGACGGACAUUUUGUUGCUGUGGAAACCGCGAGCGACGACGUGGAGGGCAGCUCAGGUUCUGGCAUCGAACCAAAGAGAGAAGCGACCGGAGUCCUGCUGAGCCCAUCCCUGGAGCACGACGAGUGGAGCUGCGUGCGGCUGGUGUACCAGAUCGCCGGGUCGGGUCUCCUGGAGGUUCUGCGGCGCAGCGAGGGGCGGAGCUUCGACACGCCGCUGUGGAGCAGCAGGACGCCAUCGGACAGCUUCAUCGCCAGCGUGGAUCUGCACAACGCCUCGGAGCCGUUCAGGAUUGUGAUCCAAGGUCAGGCUGGAGCGAGCGCAGGGCAGCGUGGCCAUCUUUGAGAUCCACAUCACCCCGGAUACUGCCUGGUGGAGUGUGAUUUUGAGGAGCCUCACCUGUGCGGCUACAACAACCAGUGGAACGUAAACGUGAACUGGUACGUUGGCGGCGGCGGCGUCCAGCUGCUGCACAACGGCAUGCCGGACGAUCACACGUACCACAACAAGACAGGUCACUUCAUGUACGUCGACUCCAGCUACGCCAAGACCUUCAAAGAGGUCGCCACGCUGGUCUCCCCCAUGGCCACCGCGCCAAUGUCCGGCUGCCUGAGCUUUCAGUACCAGCGAAGCGAGGAAAGAGGGAACAUGUUCACCGUUUUCACCCGGGACCGUCUGGGCCAGUACCAGGAGCUGUGGAAAGCCGAGUCCGACAACCGGGUCGACUUUAUCAACCCUCCAGGAGAGUGGAUCCCUGUGCAGGUGGACCUGAAGGCUCCAUACCCAGUGCAGGUGGUUUUUGAAGUGGGCUUCAACAGCCCGCGAGGCGGACAUGUUGCUCUGGAUGACAUUUCCUUUUCUCCAGAGUUUUGUAACAAAGACACAGAGCCAGCCUUCGAUCCGUCCAUCGCCAACUGUGAUUUUGAAUCUGGUCUCUGCCUCUACACCCAGGACCGCAGCGUCGCGUCGUCUUGGAGAAGAGUGUCGGUGAAACCCAACAUAUUCAGGAAUGGAGACCACACCACAGGAGCAGGGUCCUUCCUGUUGGCCCACUCCCGGAUGGGCCCGCGCUCCGGCUACGUUAGCAGCGUGAUCAGCCCCACGCUGCCGGGGAACAGCAGGUUCUGCCUCAGGUUCUACUUCUCUCUUAGAGGUUUCAACCAGACGGAGCAGGCGCUGGUGGUUUACCUGCUGCGGCAGGGAGGCCGGCGGGAGAAGAUCUGGACCCAGGCCGAAAAGUCCAGGGGAAUCUGGAUCUCAGCAGACGUGACCUUCCAGACGUCGCAGCCGGCCAAGAUGGCGUUCGUCAGCACCUGCAGGAGUUUCUGGGACUGCGGCUCCGUGGCGCUGGACGACAUCAGCCUGAAGCUGGGAGACUGUGAGCUGACGGCCGGCUUCCUGUCGGCGCCGCUGCCCGGACACUGCGACUUCGAGGCCGGACUCUGCGGAUACUCCCAGGACAAACACAGAGACGGCGCCGCCUGGCACCAGAGGAGGGGCCCCACUCCCACCUCCUACACGGGCCCCAGAGGGGACCACACCACAGGACUCGGGUACUACAUGUACAUCGAGGCGUCGUCGCCCAUGCUGCCGGGUCAGAGCGCGCGGCUGCGGUCCCGUCCUGUCCGGGGGACCCGGGGCCCUCAGUGUCUCCGGUUCUUCUACCACAUGUACGGGUCGGGAACCGGGAAGCUCCGGGUGUUCGCCGACGAGGACGGGGAGGAGGCGUUGCUGUGGCAACGGAGCGGCGAGCAAAGCGUGGCUUGGCUGAGAGCCCAAGUGGAAUAUCAGAGCCAGAGGCACCAUCAGAUCGUGUUUGAAGCGACUCGCGGCUCUUCAGUCAGGAGUGACAUCGCCAUCGAUGACAUCAUGUUGGACAGCGGUCCCUGCCCAGAGACGGAGGUCGGCGUCGCCGUGGGAAGCUCCAACGAGAUCGAGUAGAAAUAUCAGCAGUAGGAUGCAUGAACCCUCCACUUUCCUCACUUUUUAUUUUUGCACAUCAGACAACCCGAAGCGCUGUUGACUCCUACAUGUCAGCUGGAACAUGUGGAUUAAAGAAACUCAGUUUUGAAUGGGGCAACAUAUCAGAUAUAUCAGGCUCUCUCUGCACUGAUGCGCCACAGAUUGUCAGACGGUGUUUUCCUUCACACUUAUAUGCAUUAGAUUAAUGCUCAUCGCUUAAAUAAACCCAAGACUGUCGUUGAAUAAGAUUGUUUG